UGUGUGUGUGUGUGUGUGUGUGUAUGUGUGUGUGCGUGUCUGUUUAAGCCUAACUUUUUAAAGGAUGAUAUAUCUUGGAUAUUUCCUGUUUCUUUUUUGUGGGCUCACGCGUGUCAUGGCAAGUUACCCGAUAUGGUGGUCUCUGGCGGUGGGACACCAGUACACUUCAUUGGGUACUCAGCCCAUCCUGUGCAGCUCAAUCCCUGGUCUGGUUCCCAAACAGCUCCGCUUCUGCCGCAACUAUGUGGAAAUCAUGCCUAGCGUGGCAGAGGGGGUGAAAAUCGGCAUCCAAGAGUGUCAGCAUCAGUUCCGUGGCCGCAGAUGGAAUUGCACAACUAUUAAUGACAACCUGGCCAUCUUUGGACCGGUGCUGGAUAAAGCCACUCGAGAAUCAGCAUUUGUCCAUGCAAUUGCCUCAGCGGGGGUAGCGUUCGCUGUGACUCGGGCUUGCUCCGAGGGCUCCGUCACCAUCUGCGGCUGCGACACACGAAGGAAAGGACCACCAGGCGAGGGCUGGAAGUGGGGCGGCUGCAGUGAGGAUGUGGAGUUUGGCAGCAUGGUAUCCCGAGAGUUCGCUGAUGCUCGUGAGAAUCGGCCAGACGCUCGCUCAGCUAUGAAUCGACAGAACAACGAAGCUGGACGUGUGUCAAUCACAGACCACAUGUACCUGAAAUGUAAGUGUCAUGGCCUUUCGGGAAGCUGUGAGGUGAAAACUUGCUGGUGGUCGCAGCCUGACUUUCGGGUGAUAGGCGACUACAUGAAGGACAAGUAUGACAGCGCAUCAGAAAUGGUGGUGGAGAAACAUCGGGAAUCACGAGGCUGGGUCGAGACCUUACGACCGAAGUACACCUUCUUCAAGCCCCCUACCGAAACUGACCUUGUCUACUAUGAAAGUUCGCCUAACUUCUGUGAACCCAACCCAGAAACCGGCUCCUUCGGCACCCGUGAUCGUAUAUGUAACCUGACAUCACACGGUAUCGAUGGCUGCGACUUGCUCUGUUGCGGCCGAGGCCACAACACGCGAACUGAGAAACGCAAGGAGAAAUGCCACUGCAUUUUUCAUUGGUGCUGCUACGUGAGUUGCCAGGAGUGUACGCGAGUUUAUGAUGUCCACACCUGCAAGUAAGAAACCACCAAAACCAGAUUGAACCAGACAUUUGGGGUUGUGAACAUGCGAGAGCCUUCUGUCCGAAACUUGUGGACUGAGUUGAACUGAGUUGUUUGUGGUUUCACUAAUAAGAUAAUCACAAAAAAGAGAUACAGUGGACAGUGAGACACAAAGAAAAACCCAUAAAGGUUUUAUUCUCCACUGUUGAGGACAAAUACAGGCCUGUGGCUCAGCUCUGGAAGGGACUUAUCGUUUCCAGUCUGAUACAGGAGGGGAUAAGUGAUGCAUCAGAUUACUAGAGACUCAAGCCCUUGGGACCUUGACCAAUUGUAUCUCCAAGAAAAGAACUGAAACCUUUCAAAGGGAGAGGUUUUGUCGGCACGUGGCUGCAAACUCAGAUGGGACAACUCUGUAACAACAAAUGCAGCACAAACUGAAUAGCAGGGUUUGCCCACAAGCGCCUCUGAAAUGUGGUGAUAGUUGCAUUAUUAAUGAUAUCCUUACUACUAACACCAUUAAAGAAGCUAUUUGUAUCUUUUUAAGACAAAGUGCAUUCCAACAUUCCUGAAUACCAGCAAACAACUGAUUAACCAAUUAUUUUAUGACAUAUAAUACACUUUAUGUUGUCUCUGUGUGCAAGACCAAACACUGAACUUACGUAUUAGGUUGAGUUUAUUGUAAGUUACUAACAUUAGGUUACGAGUGCACUUGUAUCUGAGUGAAUGUCCAUGCAUUGUGUAUAUGUCACUGUUUCCUUGAAAUUAUUUAAGAACUCGUCGCAAGUAUCAAGACCUCUUCUAGAUAAUGUUGUUUAGAGCGCUGUUACACUUGGUUUGAUUGCUUGGUCCAAACCAGAGUUCUGUUGCUUCCCCUUUUCCCUGACCCUGCUGGGUUGUGUUCACACUGUAUUUUUGGGU